CACACCUGGCAACCUCCCUAGACCUGGAGCGCACGAGAGAGAGAUAGAAGAGAGACGGACCGACGACCGACGGCGAUCUCGAUCGGUAGGCAGCCGUUGCUUCUUCUUGCUUGGCGGGCGGGGCGGCCACCAUAGCCCUCUGUAGCUCUUGCCGGCUUUCCUUGUGCUCCUUGGAAUCUCGCCCUGCAUAUCUUGUACUACAGUAGCUAGCUCCUCUGCUACUGUAGAGCUACAGGCAAGAGGGAAGCAGGCAGCGACCGAGCUCUAGCUGCCGGCUGUGCGACUGCGAGCUAGAGAGAGAGAGAGAGGGUGCGGGCGACGGACGGAACGGAACAGAGGAGCCUAGUACUUGUUGUCCGCUGUCUUUCGUCCGUGCGACUGGACCUUAUUCCCUCACACCUGCAGCUUUGAGGCUCGGCCGUCACGUAGUAGUACGUGUACGUUUCAGGGAGGGAGCCUUCUGACCUCUUGUUCCCUUGCCGCCUUUUGGUCACCUCGGGCACCGCGAGGCGCAGCACCUGUGCUUCCUUCCGUCGUCUUCCUGCCUCCUCUUCUGUUCACCGCUCUGGCGCUCUCCUAUACUCUUCUCUCUCUCUCGCUGAGGCAGGCGGGGGCAGCCUUUCCUCCCCGGUCGCCAUCCUCGUUUAUAUACACACACCCUCUCUUGCCGAACCACUGCUCGCUUCUCUGCCUGCUUCUGCUUGAGUCGUGCCAGUGACCCGUGACCGUGACCGCGAGCUUCAGGGACGCGGGCGGCGGCGAUCAUGGCGUGGCGCGGCCCGCUCGGAGCCGGAGAGGAGGCCCUGGACAGCGGCCUCGAGCUCAGCCUCGGCCUCCCGGCCUACUUCGCCCGGCCUUCAGGUUUGGACGCCGCCAGGGAGGAGCCCGCCGAGGCCUCUGCCUACGCUAUCCAGGCCGCCAGUGGGAGCAAUGUCUCCAAGGCAAGGGUCAGGCCAGCGGGCGCGGCGCCGGUGGUGGGGUGGCCGCCGGUGCGGUCGUUCCGGAGGAACCUGGCCGCCUCCUCCUCCAGGCCGUCGUCGGGGAAACACACCCGCCAGGAGGGCAGCGCCAAGGACGGCCUGUUCGUGAAGAUCAACAUGGACGGCGUGCCGAUCGGGCGCAAGGUGGACCUCACGGCGUACGGCGGCUACGCCGACCUCUCCGCCGCCGUCGGCAAGCUCUUCCGCGGCCUGCUUGCCGCUCAGAGGGACCGAGCGGCCACGGCGGGUGGCGAGGAGGAGGAGGAGGGGGAGGGCCCCGUGAUCGGCGGCGACUACACGCUGGUGUACGAGGACGACGAGGGCGACAGGGUCCUUGCCGGCGACGUCCCCUGGGAGAUGUUCGUGGCCACCGCCAAGAGGCUGCGCGUGCUCAAGAGCUCCGACGUGCCGGCCUCGUCGGUGACGCUGGGAGCUGGGGGCCCGGAGAGGUCUGCAGCCGACUGCUGCUGCUGAAACGUGCUCUGCUUCGUCAGCUGCUUGUAAAAAGUCCCGAGUGGAGGAGACGAGGAGUGGCCCUAUCCCUGGCCUCUUUUUUGUGUGUUGCUCUUGCUGCCUUUCUGCUAGUGGUACUAGUAUUGGGUGCCAGUAAAAAGUAGGAGAACAAAGUCAUGACGGUAUUAAGGAUGUAAUGUGCAAGAUUAGCAGUGGUAGUAGUCGUAAGGUGUUUAAUGAAUCUACGGUCUCUGUUUUGGGGCAUAUUCGACCGUUUAAAGCUGUAUGCACGCGUCGAAUUUCGGUGUGGUUUCUGCAUGCCGGCCUUAAUGUUUUUCAGCUUUUGUUUGCACACGAACGCUUUAGAGCAAGUUUAAUAAUAGUUGGCUCUAACU